AUGCCACGCGGUCAAUCACAAUGGCCUAAUCCGGAGCGGUCGAUCGGUGAAUUCAUCAAGAUGGACCGCAAGACGAAGUGCUGGAAGGCCAUCGGUCCUGCACGCCAGACAUACAAUGUUCUAGCCGAAGAAAUCAAGAAGUACCUCGAAAAAUGCGUCGAACCUAUCCCAGGAUCUGCCACAGUUACAUUCUCAGUCUACAUGGUUGGCACAACGGAACAAAAUGCCUCACCAGUAAUAAUGUUCUGCAGCAAAGACGCUAGAGCACGAAAGACCGUGUAUCGGGCUAUCCGAGGGAGCGCGCUGCUCGAGGACUGCCACGGCUUCAAGUUGGGCAAUGCCGAGAGGCCUCCAGAGUUCCAACGGCUCGACCUGCUGACCAUUGCAAAUGAUCCCGAGCAAGCCGGGGCAGAAGCGUAUGAGCAUCGCUACAGCGUCAUUAUUAGCGUUGCCACGAACCAAAUGUUUAUAGAGUAUUGCCAUGGAGGCUCGUUGCUCACUCGAAGAAGCACUCUGGGCGGCAUUGUAGAACUGGACGGGGUUGCCUAUAUCUUCACAGCGGGUCACCCUUUCGAAGCAGAUAUCUCAGACGACUCUCGAAAGGAAUGCGAAACAGUGGAUAAUGAAUGGGAAAUCGACGAUGGCAGUGAAGACUCAAAUGUUUCAACGGCCGAGGCCAACUUUACCGAAGGUUUGAGCAGAGCGAGCGAAACACCGCCCGAUCAUUUAUCUGAAGCCAGCGAUCGCUCGCAAGAGGGUUCUUCGGACGCCGCAGAGAACGUUCCACUUCUUGCGACAUUGAGCGGGACGUCAUACCAAUCUCUAGGACAGUCACAAACUCGGAACCGAAGUGGGACCAACGCAGUUGUCGAUCUCCAGGCAUUCGAAGACGUUGGCUCGACCGAUUUCGAAAAGACCGGACUCAUGGCCACCAUCCCCACAACCGAUAUGAGAGCUGAGGGAGAACUUGUUGUUCUUUCCAACACUCUUGAUUAUGCGCUUAUUCGGGUGACUGAUGUCCCUUUCCUAACAGCGGUCCAGUUAUGUCGCAGCAAGUAUGUCGCAGACUCGGCGAAGUCUAUACAAGUGCCCACUAGGUCUAUCAGCAACACCGACAUUCUUGCCUGGACGUCGUCGCAGGGUUGGGCUACGGGUCGAUUUGACGCCUUGCCGUCGUACAUCCGCCUACCAAAAAGCACUGACUUUGAGAAGGUCUACACCAUUUACAUAAACGCACCUCUGGCUCGAGGUGACUGUGGAACUUGGGUCGUCGAUGCUAGCACCGGCGUCCUGUACGGUCAUAUCAUUGCUGGUUCACCUGGAACAGGUGUAGCAUAUGCUGUGUCGGCUUAUAACGUUUUAGAAGAUGCGAAAGAGCGCCUCGGAGCGGAGUCAUUGGUCAUCAGCAAUUCGAGUGUCGAUACUCGUCCUGUAAAGAGUGUCGGGCCGGCUACAGGCAGCUCCGACGGCCACGCCAAAGCCUUCAAGCCAUCGGACGCUGGCGUAGUCUCUACCAUGAUCAGAAAAAUACUUUUCAAUCGAAUGCGAAACAGAACGUUAUCCGAGAAGGGUGGAGAGCAAACUUCCCAGGGGCACUUCCUGGAGCACGAUCAUCCAUCAUCAUCUGCAGAUCAAGCCAAGGCCGCCUUAAUUCUACCUGACGAUGCGUACUCGGGGACGGCAGACGCCGCCUCGAUCUCAGUUGACAAGAUUUCUGAAGAUGACGCCGCUUCGAUGUCAUCCAAUCAUGCGCCUGUCGGACUAUCUGACGAGGGUAUUAACCAUCCUCGCGGCUUCCUGGCGAACGAGAUCUGGGCGUUGAUGAACCAGACGCUUUCGACAAAUUGGCGCAACGAAAAGUUCUUGCCAAAGACUGACCUCCAUGCCAUAUUCUCACGUGAGAUCAUCUAUGAGCUGAUUAAUGAGGACACCACCUUGAACGCCCAGUCCAUGAACUCCAAUGCAGACAACAGUAAAAGCACCAGAGACAGAGCAUACCUAGUACAACAAACAUCAGCAUUCGCCUGCCGCCUGUUAGCAACGUGCAUUUAUGCACGCGUCCAGCUGUCAUGCCUCUACAAUCUUGUUCGCUCAGCUCGUCUGCAGGAUGACGAUCUGCCUCUAAUAGACAGGCCAGAAGGCGUCACAGACUACCACUUUUCUCGAUUGCGAAACGUGCAGAAGAUGUUUACAGUCUACAAUUUUGAUAAAGCGAAGCUGAAACGACGGGCGGAAAAAGGCGAGUAUGAUAUCAUUCCAGCAGACGUCGUGGUACCCAUUUUUGCUGGUAAGAAACUCGGACAAGGUGGCUUUGGUCCUGUGACAGAAGUUCGAAUUCACAGUGAUUACCAUGAUUUCUCGGAGAAUGUCUUUGCCUUGAAGCGACUUGAUGCCCAGCAGAGGUUUUCAACAGCGUCCACCCAGGCACAUCAUGGCUUUUCUAAAUUCGUGUGGGUGAAGCACAUGGCCAUUUUAAUGCCACUAGCCAUGUGGGAGCAAACUGACCCGAGAUCUGAACACCUCUACUUGCUUUACCCUAAGGCGCGAGCCAACUUAAAGCAGUAUCUGAGGGAAUAUCAUACACCACCAAGUUUGGAGAAAGACUUUGUACUGCACCUAAUAUCUCAGCUUUAUAACAUUGCGGACGCGCUGAAAUUGAUUCACCACCUUCAGCCCUCAGAGCAAGAGGGAAGAAUGGUGGUCUGGCAUCAUGACAUAAAGCCGGAAAAUAUUCUGGUUUUUGACGACGGGUCAUGGAGAAUAUCGCGCGUCGGCAGCGCAACCGUCACCAAACCCAUGGUCUUUACGCCGAAAUCGGACCUUAGUGAAUACUCUCCACCAGAUUGGGAGCUGAAGACGUCCAUCGGCAGUUCAUACGACAUCUGGUUUUUGGGCUGCGUCCUAUUCGAAAUCCUGUUGACCCUUUUCGAAAGCCGUACUGACACCCAGUCGAAUGUCUACGGUACCAACGUAGAACAUGGAUUGGACGUUUUCAGAGCCGAGAGGGCAAGAUCCGUCAAUGACGUUGCCGGCAGCGUGGCAGUCUACUGGUAUAAAGACGCAAAAACCGGAGAAUGUCACCUCAAGAGGCCGGUAUUGGAGCGGCUAGCAAAACUCAAGGUAUGCACCAGAGACUACGAUCAAUUUGACGCUCUGGUGCGACUUGUAGAGGGGAUGCUCGCUAUUGACGCCAGAAAAAGGCCAUCGGCUCAAUCGGUCGUCGAUCGGAUUAUGAAGGUCAAAAUUAACGUGGAAGGACAUCUGCGGAAAGGACACGAAGACUUUUACCAGAAACCCCGGUCCAACUCAUUUACUCUCUCGGACCAAGGUCGAACACUACUGGGUGACGAAGAAAGACACCCCCCGCGUGACAUGUGGAGAAGCUUGAAACCCCCUACGCCUUUACACUGGUGGGAGUGGGGAAACCCCAUAGUCGCCAAUGACUCGUAUGCGAAGAGGAAAGAGGGUGCACAAAUAGUGGGCAACUCCCGCCCGCCGCAUACAUCCGUGUCUCGAGCGCGAGUUUACAUUACGGCCUAUGGCGUAUACAGGAUGUUCGUCAAUGGAUGUCGUGUAGCGGAUGAAGAGAUGAGCCCCGGGUGGACCAGCUACAAGCACAGGCUCAAUUACCAGAUUUUCGACGUAGGCUGGUAUGCUGGACGCCUCGGCUUUUUCGGCAAACGUUGUCUGUACGGCAAGGACAUAGCGGUCCUGGCGCAGCUGGAGGUCUUGCUGGAAGAUGGACAGCUCUACACGUUCAACUCGGAUGAGUCAUGGAAGACUCACGCCAGUGCAAUCACUCACAGUGAGAUCUAUGAUGGCGAGGCUUACGAUACGCGCGAAGAACACCUGCAGGGGGGAUGGUGCAGCGAUCCUGCUUCCGACGAGUCUUCAUGGACGACAACGACAGAAUUGCCGACCCCUUUUACAAAACUCAAUGCUUCGGACAUCCCACCAGUACGAUGUACGGAGGUGAAGCAACCGAUUGAUAUCUUCCGGUCGCCAUCCGGCAAGUUGUUGGUCGACUUCAGUCAGAAUCUUGUUGGAAAGCUGCGGGUGACUUUUCCGGCUGUGCCGGCUGAGACUUCCCCUGGCGGGCACAGUGUGUCUUUCCGUCACGCAGAGAUUCUCGAAAAUGGCGAGCUUGGAACACGACCUCUGCGAUCCGCGAAGUGCCUGGAUCAAGUCAUUCUCUCGGACACCAAGCCCUUCACUUGGUCGCCAGCAUUCACUUUUCAUGGGUUUCGUUAUGUGCAGGUCGACGGAUGGCCGAUGGACAUCGAGCUCAAAACGUCAGAUCUUGAAGCCCUUGUGUUACACAGCGACAUGAGACGGACCGGCUCUUUUACGUGCUCGGAUCCUCUGGUCAACAAACUCCAUCAAAACACACUUUGGAGCAUGCGAGGAAACUUCCUGUCUCUGCCUACUGACUGUCCUCAACGGGACGAAAGGCUCGGCUGGACGGGCGACAUACAAGUCUUCGGGCCAUCGGCCAAUUACCUCUAUGACACGACCGGCUUUCUUGGAAAUUGGUUAGAAGACCUCUCGGCUGAGCAGCUUGAGGAGGGUAGAGGUGGUGUCCCACCCGUCGUCAUACCCGAUCUUAUCGACAAUCCCAUCAAGAACCCGCCCCAAGCAAUAUGGAACGACGUGACGGUGCUUUUACCGUGGGAUAUGUACCUCAGUUCGGGUGACAAAGACAUCCUCGGUCGGCAGUACGCUAGCAUGACUGCUUGGGUUGAUCGUGGUAUCCCGAGAGGUCCAGAUGGUCUUUGGGAUCCCAACGGGUGGCAAUUCGGCGACUGGCUUGACCCGAGUGCGCCUCCUGAAGAGCCUGGAGCUGGGCGAACAGACUGUAUUCUUGUCGCCGACGCUUAUUUGGUUCGAGUGACGGAGACAAUGGCGCGAGUGGCCGAAUGCCUGGGACUCUCGGACGAUCACGCUCGAUAUUCUGACGACGCUAGGCGCCUGAAAGCUGUCUUCCAACACCAGUAUAUGGCUCCUUCGGGGUUGCUUGUGGGUGAUACACAGACUGCCCUUUCACUAGCUCUUUGUUUCAACUUACACCAGAAUGACGAACAGAGAGCGCACGCUGCAGCCCGCCUGGCGCACUUGGUACAAUUUGCUAGAUACCGUAUCUCCACUGGCUUUGCUGGAACACCAUUGAUCACACAUGCUCUCUCGGACACUGGUCACGCGCAGCUGGCGUAUCGCAUGCUCCUCGAGACGAAAUGCCCUUCGUGGCUGUACCCCAUUACCAUGGGUGCCACCACGACCUGGGAGCGCUGGGACAGCAUGCUGCCGGACGGAUCUAUCAAUCCCGGGUCAAUGACGAGUUUCAACCACUACGCCCUCGGAUCCAUCGUACAUUGGCUGUACAAAGUCGUGGGUGGGAUCAGUCCUCGGGAUCCAGGAUGGCGCACCGUCGAGAUCCGUCCUAUUCCUGGCGGAACCAUUGACAAUGCGACGGUCACUUACCAAAGCCCGUUCGGCCUAGUGGCAUGUUCUUGGUCGGUCUGCGAGAAGGAUGAGACGUUUACAAUGGAAGUGACAAUCCCUUUGAACUCGAAAGGCGUAAUCAUCCUGCCUUCACAGCAGCAGCAGCAGCAAGUCAAGCUCGGCGGCGUCGCGUGUAGUGACGCGCCGGGAGCCGAAGGUCUUGUUGUGGGAUCAGGGUCGCACAAGUUCACAUGCCCAUACAAGAAGCCCCAAUGGCCUCCCAAGGCAAUUUGGGACCGGUCAACGUUUGACCUAUCAGUAGAUAUGUAAUGAAUUUCCUGGGCCCUUGUCGAUAGAGAGUUGAAGAGACGUGAAUUGAUACUUUU